GUCUGCUGUUGGUCCUGGCAAUGAGUCAUACUCAUGAAGCCUUUGUGGAUGGUGCCGGUGACAAUAGUCAUCUGAAGAGCGAUUUGCUGUGCAGUCAGUGUUCUAAAUGCGACUCAAGUAAAUGUCCUCCGACUGAAUCCUAUUCCCACAUGACUACACACGAUGAUUCUCUCAUCGCAGCUGCCUUACAAUCCGAUUAUGCCAACUCAAAAGACAGGUGUUUAUUCGGUACCAGAUAUUAA